CAUUAUUUCAUCAUUGAUGGCUGACUUGUCUGGGUUUGUGUGCCCAAUGUGCAUGCAGCCAUUCGAGCAGAUGGAAGCGCUGCAGACGCACUGGGCCGCGGUGCACGACGCCGCUCCAUCAGCCAGCACCACUGAGGCCACUACAGCAGUACCCGCAACGACAGCAGCAGCUCAAGCGAGCGGGAACGCCAGCAACAACGCGACGGUGGCUGCUGCGGCGAUCGGUCAAAACAGAGCCGACGAGAGCAGCAGCUCACGAGCGCGAUCCACCAGCAACGCACACUCUUCUGCUGCUGCUGCGACUCCUCAACAGCAACAUCAGCAUCAGCAGCAACAGCAGCAACAAGCAGCCGUGGCGCCAUCGCAGCAGCAGCAGCAGCCGGUGGUCAAGGCACCAGAAUCAAAGGGAUCGCUGUUUAGCAGGACGUUCAGGUCCAACCAGGAAAAGGGCUCGAGUGAACUCCAGCAGGAGCUGGCAAACGAACGCCAGGCACGCCUCGCGAGGGAACAGGACGUGCGAGAGCUCGAGGCAACGAUUGCGAAUCUGACGACGAGCAUCAAGGAGGAAAAAUGGCUGGUUGCAGCGCACAAGGACGAGCUGACAAAGGCCCGCGCCUCGCUCGAGGAAUUGGUGCACGCCAAGCAAGCCGCAGAGUUUAACGCGGCAGAGCAUGAGCAGCGUGCUCGACUGGCGGUCGAGGAGCGAGAUCGUGAGCGGGAACGCGCCAGCAUGCGUGCACUCGCAGCGCAGCAAAACCAGGAGCUGCAGGUAGACACGCAGGCGCUGGCCGAUUUGCGCGACGAGCUCGCCUCGCUGCAGCGCGAGCGCGACAUGCAGCGUUCCAAGAUUGCUUCGCUUGAACAGCAACUCGACGACACUGCUGCAGCUGCCACACAGGCCGAUGAAAAAGUUCGCGCGACACAUCGAGCGGAACUGGAACGACGCGCCACCGCCCAAGCCGCCUCGAGUGCCCAACUCGAAGCCGCCAAUGCCAGCCUCGCCGAUGCCGAUGCGCAGCGCCAACAGCUGCAACUCAAGCUGGAUGAGGUGCGAGUCCAGCUCCGCACCACGGUGGCUGAAAAGAGUGAAGCACUUGCCGCCGUCGAGACUGCCGUGGCCGACCGCGUUCACACCCGCCAUCAGCUCGAUGCCGUGUUGGCUGAUGCCGAGGCAACACGCGCCGAUCGCGAGCGCCUUGUCAAGGAGCUUGCAGCGUCUCAGUCAGCCUUGAUUCUGGCCAACACGGAUCAGCAAGCCAGCAGCACUGCGCACCAGACUCUUCGACAGGAGCUGGAGCGAGUCCGUGGGCAGAUGACCACUCUCCAGCAUGCGUUGGACGAUACCACAGCCAGCAAAGAGCAAGCCGUCCAAGAGGCUACCCGAAAAGACGCCCAAAUCACUCGCCUGACUGCUGACAUUGAGCGUCACACCCAAAAGCAAGAGGAGAUGACCGCCAUGAUUUCCCGGGUGAAUGUUGACGAAGGACUGAAUGCGUUGCUGGCCCAAACAGCGGCCGAACGGGAUGCCGUCAAGGCAGAACUGGCUGCACUCGAGGUCCGUCUCUCGCAAGAGCGCGAUGCCCUCGACCAGCAACUGCGUGAGGCUCGCCGAUCUGUUCGCGAGAAGGAAGGUGAGUUGCGUGGCGCCCAAGACGACUUGGAGCAAGCGCGGCUGCAAGCGCAGGCAGAGCUGAGCACCAAGCUUGGCGUGGAACAGCGAUUGUCUGAACUGCAGUCCAAGCUUGCUGAAACCAAUGUCCAGCGAACCGACGCCGAGACCAAGUGGCGAGCGAGUGAAGCCAGCACCUCUCAGCAUGCUGCCGCUUUGGCUGUGCUUGAGGCGGAAAAGCGUGCAUUCCUGUCUCAGCUCGAGUCCCACAAGGGCGCUAGCGCAGCACUCUCUGAGCGGGUCUCCGAGCUGGAAACCCUCCGGGUGGAUAAGGAUCGCGAACUGAUUCAGCUCCGCGCCCAAGUCAGCAAUGCAAUCAGCAGCGUUGCCCAGCUGGAAGCUGCCGUCGCGGCUGCCACCGAGCGAGAGAACGAGCUGAUCUCCAAUGCCGCGAGCACACAGACGGCGACGGCCGCCAAACUCCAACGCUUGAAGGCUGCGUCGGACGAAGAGGUUGCCGCGAUCAAACAGACUUUGGAGGCGCGCGAUCGGGAGCUCGGUGCCGUGCGUGUUGAAGCAUCCAAGUUGGCCAUCGAGCUCGAGGCGUCGCACGCCUCCACCGCCCGACUGACCGAGCAAAUGGCAGCCCGCACGCAAGAUGUCGAGACUGCCCAGGCCGCCUUGGCCGACGCGCGGGCACGCGAUGAGUCUCAGGCAGAGCGCGCUCGGCAACAACAAGUCGAGCAGGUUGCCGAGCAGCAAGCCCUCAAGGAGCAGCUGCGCCUGCUGGAGCAACAGAUCAAAGACCGCACCGCGUCUGCCAAGUCUUCCGAAGACCAACUCGCCUUGGCCCAGAUGCAAGUUGCCCAGCUUGAGGCGGAGGUGGCGUCCCUGCAAGACUCCGCCCAAGCCGAGGUGGCGCAGCUCAAGUCGGCGCUCGAGGCCAGUCGAGCACAGGCCGAGCAAGCCUUGUCCGAGGCCUCGCAACGACUCGUUGAAAAGUCAACGACGCUCGAACAAGCAGCGGCGGAGGCCUCCACCAAGGCUGCACAGCGCGAGGCCGAGCUGUCGGCGGAAUUGCAGGCAACUGCUGCACGGGCCACUCACGCCGAAGCCGAGAUUGGCCGCUUGCAACAACAUUGUACCAACUCGGAGCAACAGGCCCAAGAGGCGCAAGCCGCGGCGCAGGCAGAGCUGGCUGCGCUCCGAAACACUCAGCUUCAAGCCGAGCAUGUCAGCGCUGGCAAGCUGGCGGACGCUUUGGCAAGUCUUGCAGAGUUGUCAGAGCGCUUGGAACGUCAGCAGCAAGAGCAUGCUGCGCAUGUGGAGGGCCUGACCGCAGCACACGCCACUUCACUAUCCUCGCAACAGCAAGAUUUGCAGCAGGAGCACGCUCUUGAGCUCGAGCGCUCGGCCUCCGCAGCGCAGGAAUCUGUCGCGCUGGCCGCUCAGGUGCACUCCAAGCGACAGGACGAACUGAUUGAGGCUCACAAUUUGGCCAUCAAGGAAUUGCAAGAUAGCAUUGCCGCGCUGAACGCUGACAAGGCGGCACUCGAGGCCGCCGCCGCCAGUGCCCAAGUGCUGGCAACCGCGUCGCAAGAGACCCUUGCCGCCAUGCAGGAUCAGCUGUCCUCGACCAUCAGCAGCAACGACGACCUGAUGCAGCAGCUCAAUAGCACCCAAGGGGCAUUGGCGACAGCAGAGAGCAAUCUUCGCGAUGUCAAAUCCACGCUCGAGCGCCGAGCUGAGGAGCACGACACGCUCCGGGGUCAGUUUGCUCAAGCCACCGAAGAAGCCGUCAAAACGGCCGAGUUGGUCAAGUCACUCGAGGCUCGCGCGGCCACCAGCGAAGACGCCUUGGAGGCAGCCCGCAAAGAGUUUGAACAGACAAGCGCUGCACUUUCAAGCCAGGUUGAGGAAGCGCGCCAAGUCGCUGCGAGCGCGGAUGCCCACGCAACGGCUCUAGCUGCGGAAGCCAGUGCUGCGCAAACCAAAGCCGCCGACGCCCUGGCUGCCAUGGAGCGUACCGAAGCCCGUCGCCAACUCGAGAUUGAAACCUUGCAGUCCGAGCUCGACGAAACGCGGCGCGCCUCGGAAGCCGUGGCCAAACUGCGCGAAAUGGAGGCAAACUCGCUGAAAACCGAGAUUGCCAAACUCACCGACCGGUGCAAGACCUCCGAGGCCAACGCUACAGAUCUCGACGACAAGAACACUCGCGCCCAGAAGGAACUCGGCACUCUGCGGGCCAAGGUCGCUGAGCUGCACACGCGCCUCGACGAAUCCAUUUUUGUGCAGCAGGAAUUGUGCGAACAGCUGCAGGGCUUCCAAAUCCAACUCAUGGCGGCCAACACGGCCAGCUCGUGGGAGAAGGACAAUCAAGUCGAGUCGUGCCGUGGCUGUCAAUCGGCCUUUAAUUUGCGAACGCGCAAGCAUCACUGCCGGAACUGCGGAAAAAUCUUCUGCGGCGAUUGCUCCAACUUUUCAACCACCCUGGCUUCGUCCAAAACUCCCGUGCGCGUGUGCAAAGAGUGCCACCGCAAGGUCACCAACGGUUGAUCCAACCCAUCGUCUUGUUGUGUUUUCAUGCCGUUGUUUUGGUUGGGGUUUUCCAAUGAAAUGUCUUCAUCCUC